AUAUCGUCUUUUUCAAUUUUAUCUUCUUCAUCUUUCAUCUUACAAAAACUUAAGUGCGUCUUCACAAGCAUAAUACAACUACAAUCCAGCCAUGUCCACCAACAACAUGAACGAGCCGAACAAUCCCCCGCCAUCUUACAGCACUCUCGAUCCAACUUCCAACAACAUUUCCAAUCCAUCCACAUACACCACUCCAAGUCCGCCUCCUUAUACCGCUUCCGAUCUGCCUCUCUACACUACUUCUGCACCACGUGUUCAGAACAGACCGAAUCCACUUUCCACACACAUCGAAUAUCUUCCCGUUACUCCUAGCCUCGUCCACGCUUCCCUUCAUUCGGUAUACCGUACAUAUGGAAGCAACGAUAUCGAGUCUGGAUUAAACACAGAGGUCACUCCGCCGGAUCGCUCAUUGGAAGCUUACCAAACGCACCAAACAUCGACGGCCCAGAACUCAUUGGGCAGGGACACGGCUUCGAAGUUGACGUCGAAAGAGAAAAGGCGAAUUCGUUUAGUGGAGGGUUUGCUAAGUUCUUUGAACCAAUAACUGGUGGUGGAUCCUUACUUCUCAUCAAGGUAUUUUCAACUUGUAGAUUUAGGUAUCUAACUAUUGCAAGUUUGUUGUAGCCGUCUCAAAUCCUUGACGCUCCCUAACAUUUGUGUUUUCCUGGGUACUUCUCAGUCCAAUCGUAUUGCGAUCGCUUGAGUAGAGUUGUUCCGCCGGUUAUUUGUAUCCAUAUAAGCUCCAUCCCUCUCGGAACGUAAUUAACAACACGAUUUCAUCGUAGCGAAAUGGUAAUAGAACCAUGAGAUUGGCUUUGAAACGAAGGAAGGUGCAAAUUGAAACUUAUCUAUCCACCACAAUUGAGAUUGGUGUAGGAGAAUGACGUCACCCUUACACUUGCGCUGAGGGAAUCCGCUGUACAACCCGGUCCUUACAGUUUCGCGCCACACCGUCUUGCUAUUCGUAUCUAGCCUGGCAGAGAACCUUGA